GGGCGGCCGGCGCCGGUCUCCCGCAAGCAGCGGCUCAUGGCAGCCGUGGGCGAGCGGGCGGCGGGCGGCGGCGGCGCGCCGCUGUCCUGCUUCAUCUGCGGCGGCGGCAUCGGGCGCGGCAAGGAGCUCAAGCUGCAGGUGAAGCAGCCGGCGGCGGCGGCGGCGGGCGCGGGGGCCCCGGCGCAGCCCUUCUUCCCGUUCCUGCAGCAGCAGGAGCCGGCGCCCGGCGCGCGCGAGCUGUCCCCGGCCGACGGCUGCGUGCUGGUGUGCGCCGUGUGCCGCUGCUUCCUGGGCGAGCAGUGGGCGGCCUUCGAGCGCGCCCGCACGCCCGUGGACAAGCGCAUGUACUGGCUCAAGCGGCCCCACCAGUGCGACGCGGCCGCGGGCGGGCGCCGCGGGGGCGCCGGGGCCCCCCGCGAGUGGAACGUCGCCUACGCGCUGGGCGGCGCGGCCGACGACGACGACGACGACGACGGCCCCGGGCCCCGCGCGGCCGCCGAGGAGCCUCGGGACUCCGAGCUGUCGGAGCUGUCGGACACCGACCCCCUCUCGGAGCCGGACCCGAGCGCGCGCGACGCUGCCGCCGCCGCCAGUCCCCACCAGGGCGGGGCGCAGGCGGCGCGGGCCACCCCGGGGCCGGGGCCUCUGGGGGGCCGCUGCCAGGAGUGGAGGCCGGCGCCCGGAGCCCCUCCGAGACAGGGCGCGGAGACCCCGGCGCAGGGGGACGCGGACGAGGAGGGCGUCCCCUCGAAGCUCCACGUGGACGGGGAGCCCAAGACCGGCCUUCAGCGCCGGCGGAAGGGCGCCGGGAGACACUGGGUCCCUGAGGCCCGGGCCAGCGUCCUGAGGGGCGUUCAGGACCCUUGGCCGGGCCCUCCAGUCCAGGUGACCCCUGCAGAGGGCGGGAAAGGAGCCCCGUUGGGGAGGGCCGCCAAGACUCCCGAGAGCAGACCUCUGGGGGAGGCCCGUGGGGGCUACUAUAUGUCUGAGGACAGCGACAUCAACAUCACGAGCGAGGAAGAGGACCGCAAGGAGCAGCCUCUCCCGGGCCGCUGCGGCCCCAAAGAGAGAGAGAACGGUGGUGGCCGUGUUCCCCGGGCCCCUGCGGAGAGCCGGCCUGCGCCACCAGGGGGCCUCUGCUGCUACAUCUGUGGGUCGGCGCUGUCCCCGGCCUCGCAGCACCAGAUCCACGUGCAGAAGCAGGAGAAGCUGGCCCAGGCGCCCUUCUUCCCCUUCCUGUGGCUGCACAGCCCGCCGCCCGGGGCGCAGCCCAUCAGCGAGGGCGGCAGCACGGUGGUGUGCCCCUGCUGCUUCUCCUCCCUCAUGCAGCAGUGGCAGAGCUUCGAGCUGGCCCACGUGCCCGUACUGCAGCGGCUCUACGUCGUGCCCCUGAACAGCCACGCCCCCGGCAUGGCCUCCAAGGGCAGGAGGCUCCCCAGGGAAGAGGGCCUGCCCGCCAGGGCCCUGCCAGAGGCCUGCUACCUCUGCGGGGAGGACUGCACCCAGGACGCCCGGGCGGUGGCCUCCAGGAUCCUCAACGGCAACGCCAGGGGCGCCAUGCAUUUCCCCUUCCUCAGCCUGCUGCCCUGCCCGCCCAACGCCCGGGGCCCCAACAAGCGCUCCGAGGUCCACAGCUGCCCCAAGUGCUUCAGCGUCCUGGAGGACGUCUGGGCGCUGUACCGGGCCUGCCAGAACGAGGAGCUCAUCACCUCCGUGCAGGGCUUCCUGGGCCGCUACCACCAGGCCUUCUCCGCCUCGGACCCUGCCGUCUGCGAUCCGCCGGCGCCGGCCCAGGGCGGCCUGGCAGCCGUCUGCUACAUCUGCGGGGCUGAGCUGGGCCCCGGGAAGGAGUUCCAGCUCAACGUGAACCCCUCGGGCCGCCUGGGCGAGAGGGAGCCCUUCUUCCCCUUCCUCACCGUGUACCCGCCCGCCCCGCGCGCCAGGCCCGCCGACUCCACCGGCCUGGUGUCCACCUGCGUGCUCUGCUACCACGACCUGCUGGGCCAGUGGCUGCAGCACGAGGCCCGCGGCGCCCAGCACGCCGUCAGCGCUUGGUCCCGGCAGUACCAGGUGGAGGUGUUCGUGUGCUUCUUCUGCCAGCAGGAGAAGAAGCGGUGUCUCGGGUUGAAGGCCGUGCGGGUGGCCCGGCUGCCCUUGUUCCUCUAUACCCUGCGAGCCAGCCACAGCCUGCUGGUGGACGACGGGCGGCAGCUCAUCAUUGGCGCCUGCGUGGAGUGCGGGACCCUGGUGUGCGCUGGCCAGGGGCUCACCCGCCAGGGACCCAUGGGCUGGAGCUCCCCGGUGGCAGCGGCAAUGAAGGUCACCUCUGCAUCUCUCGAGGCAUCGACAGUCGUCCAGCCUCCCGCCCGGGAGCCCGAGUCCCGACCGGGCGCCCCAGCAGAGAGCCUGCCCAGGGGCCCCAGGAGCGCCCAGGAGCUGGGGCCAGCGCGGUGUCAGCAGAGCAGCCUGGACGGGGCCGGACCGGACCUCACGGGCACAGGCAUGAGCCAUGAGCCCAAGUCCCCUUCACUAGGGAUGCUUUCCACCGCGACCAGGACCACCGCCACCGUCAACCCCCUCACCCCUUCGCCGCUCAAUGGCGCCCUGGUGCCCAGCGGCAGCCCCGCCACCAGCAGCGCGCUGUCUGCCCAGGCCGCGCCGUCCUCCAGCUUUGCCGCCGCGCUGCGCAAGCUCGCCAAACAGGCGGAGGAGCCCAGAGGGUCUUCACUGAGCAGCGACUCGUCCCCCGUGUCCUCCCCAGCCACCAACCACAGCUCCCCUGCCAGCACGCCGAAGCGCGUGCCCAUGGGCCCCAUCAUCGUCCCCCCUGGGGGCCACAGCGUCCCCAGCACACCCCCCGUGGUGACCAUCGCCCCGACCAAGACUGUCAACGGCGUCUGGAGGAGCGAGAGCCGGCAGGACACUGGCUCUCGGGGCAGCAGCGGCGGUCGGGAACGCCUCAUCGUGGAGCCGCCACUGCCCCAGGAGAAGGCGGGGGGCCCGGCCAUCCCCUCCCACCUGCUCAGCACGCCCUACCCUUUCGGCAUCUCCCCCAGCCCAGUCGUGCAGGAUUCCCGCUUCCCACCACUCAACCUCCAGCGGCCUGUGCACCAUGUGGUGCCCCCCAGCACAGUGACCGAGGACUACCUGAGGAGCUUCCGGCCCUACCACACCACCGAGGACCUCCGCAUGUCCUCCCUACCUCCCCUCGGCCUCGACCCAGCCACCGCCGCCGCCUACUACCACCCUGGCUACCUGACCCCGCACCCCUUCCCCCACCCGGCCUUCAGGAUGGACGACUCCUACUGCCUGUCGGCCCUGCGGUCCCCCUUCUAUCCCAUCCCCACCCCUGGCUCCCUGCCCCCGCUGCACCCGUCGGCUAUGCAUCUCCACCUCUCCGGGGUCCGAUACCCCCCUGAGCUCUCCCACUCGUCGCUGGCAGCGCUGCACUCAGAGCGGAUGUCCAGCCUCAGCGCCGAGAGGCUGCAGAUGGACGAGGAGCUGAGGCGGGAGCGGGAGCGAGAACGGGAAGCUGACCGGGAGCGGGAGAAGGAGCGGGAGCGGGAGAAGGAGCGCGAGCGGGAGAAGGAGCUAGAACGCGAGCGCGAGAAGGAGCGGGAGCUGGAGCGCCAGCGGGAGCAGCGGGCCCGUGAGAAGGAGCUGCUGGCGGCCAAGGCGCUGGAGCCAGCCUUCCUUCCUGUGGCGGAGCUGCAUGGGCUGCGGAGCCACGCCACGGAGGAGCGGGUCAAGCCCUCGGAGCAGUUGACCCCCACCCGAGCAGAGAAGCUGAAGGACGCGGGCCUGCAGGCGCCCAAGCCCGUGCCGCACCCCUUGCACCCGGCGCCCGCCCCCCACCACGCCGUGCCCAGCCUGCUCUCCAACCAGGGCCUCUUCUCUCUGCCGGGGAGCAGCGCCGCCACGGCCCUGCUGAUCCAGCGCACCAACGAGGAGGAGAAGUGGCUGGCGCGGCAGCGGCGCCUGCGGCAGGAGAAGGAGGACCGGCAGUCGCAGGUGUCGGAGUUCCGGCAGCAGGUGCUGGAGCAGCACCUGGACAUGGGCCGGCCCCCGGCGCCCCCCGAGGCAGAGCACAGGCCCGAGAGUGCCAGGCCAGGACCAACCCGCCAUGAACCGGGCAGCCGAGACCCCCCGCAGCACUUUGGCGGGCCCCCGCCCCUCAUCUCGCCCAAGCCACAGCACCACUCGGUGCCCACAGCCCUCUGGAACCCGGUGUCCCUGAUGGACAGCACGCUGGAGACACGGCGGGCCCCUGAGAGCCACCCUCUGCACAGCCAUCCUGCCCCGUUCGAGCCCAGCCGCCAGGCGGCCGUCCCGCUGGUGAAGGUGGAGCGGGUCUACUGCCCGGAAAAGGCAGAGGAGGGGCCCCGGAAGCGCGCGCCCACCCCCCUGGACAAGUACCAGCCGCCCCCACGGGAGGCAGGGAACCUGGAGCACCAGACCUUCCCUCACGGGCCUGGGCCCUUCCUGGCUGAACUCGAGAAGUCCACCCAGACCAUCCUGGGCCAGCAGCGGGCUUCCCUCAGCCAGCCAGCCACCUUCGGGGAGCUCACUGGGCCCCUGAAGCCGGGGUCGCCCUACCGGCCCCCAGCGCCACGGGGCCCUGACCCUGCCUACAUCUACGAUGAGUUUCUGCAGCAGCGCCGGAGGCUGGUCAGCAAGCUGGAUCUGGAGGAGCGCAGGCGGCGAGAGGCCCAGGAGAAAGGCUACUACUAUGAUCUGGAUGACUCUUACGAUGAGAGUGAUGAGGAGGAGGUCAGGGCGCACCUCCGCUGCGUGGCCGAGCAGCCGCCCCUCAAACUGGACACAUCCUCUGAGAAGCUAGAGUUUUUGCAACUUUUUGGCUUGACCACCCAACAGCAGAAGGAGGAAUUGCUGACCCAGAAGCGGAGGAAGCGACGGCGGAUGCUGAGAGAGAGAAGCCCCUCGCCCCCGACGAUUCAGAAUAAGCGACAGACACCUUCGCCGAGAUUGGCGCUGUCUACCCGCUACAGUCCCGACGAGAUGAACAACAGCCCCAACUUUGAAGAAAAGAAGAAGUUCCUGACCGUCUUCAACCUCACCCACAUCAGCACUGAGAAGAGGAAAGACAAAGAGAAACUUGUUGCAAUGCUCCAUGCCAUGAAGCAGAAGGCCCUUUCAGCAGCAGUGGCAGACUCGCUCAGAAACUCUCCGAGGGACAGUCCUGCUGUCUCCCUGAGCGAACAAGCCACGCAGCAAGCCUCUCUGGAUGUGGAGAAGCCUGUGGGUAUUGCCGCUUCCUUGUCUGAUGUCCCAAAGGCCACGGAGCCUGGGAGACUGGAACAGCUCCGGCCCCAGGAGCUGUCACGAGUCCAGGAGCCAGCUCCUGCCAGCAGCGAGAAGCCCAGGCUGAGUGAGGCCCCUGGGGGCAAGAAGAGCCUGAGCAUGCUUCAUUACAUCCGGGGCCCUCCGCCCAAGGACAUUCCUGUGCCGUUGUCCCACAGCAUCAACGGGAAGAGCAAGCCGUGGGAGCCCUUCAUAGCAGAAGAGUUUGCACAUCAGUUCCACGAGUCCGUGCUGCAGUCCACCCAGAAGGCGCUGCAGAAGCAUAAAGGGAGCGUCGCUGUGCUGUCUGCAGAGCAGAACCACAAAGUUGACACGUCCAUCCACUACAACAUUCCUGAGCUGCAGUCCUCGAGUCGGCUCCCUCUGCCCCAGCACAAUGGGCAGCAGGAAACCCCCACCGUGAGGAAGGGCCCCCUCAUGCAGGAGGUGGACCAGGACUCAGAAGAGGAGGACGAUGAAGACGGAGACGAGGAUGAGGAGGAACCCCCCAGGCGCAAGUGGCAAGGGAUUGAGGCAAUUUUAGAAGCUUACCAAGAACAUAUAGAAGAGCAAAAUCUGGAGCGGCAGGUGUUGCAGACGCAGUGCAGACGGCUGGAGGCCCAGCACCACAGCCUCAGUCUCACGGCAGAGCAGCUCUCCCACAGCAUGGCGGAGUUGAGGAGCCAGAAACAGAAGAUUGUGUCAGAAAGGGAGCGCCUCCAGGCAGAACUGGAUCACUUACGGAAGUGCCUUGCGUUGCCUGCACUGCAUUGGCCUAGGGGUUAUUUUAAGGGAUAUCCGAGGUGACGGUUUCCCUUGCGCUAGGCCGAACCUAUAGUAUAGAAAUAUUAUCUAUUUUAUUACCUUGAAUAUUUAAUAUUUUUCACUGGGAGGUUUGAAGCUUAAAAAAAAAAUGAGAAUGUGCCAUGCAUGAAGCAAAGGGUUCCAGGCUCCAGAAAACAGAACGAACUCACCUUGACUUCAAUGCAAUCGAAUCACCUUUGUAAUUCAGCGAGCAACCAAUGUAGGACGCCCGUAGUUUUUUCUUUUUAAAGGCGGUUUUAAACAUUCUUUCUUCCCCCACGUCGUUAUUUUUUUAACCUGAAAAUGAAGGCUCCAUUACCAACACUAAAACUUGAUCAUUUCUAGCCCCUGGUGUGUCAGGUUGGAUCAAACCGAUUGCGUUCUGUUUCUUGUGUUGCCAUACUCCUGUGCCGCAAGAAGCAGGUCUGCUUUCCUGCGGGGCGGGGUCGGUCUCACUCCGCCCGGGACCGAGGCCUGCUUCCGCUGACUGGAGGUGGGGUGCAUUUUAAGUAAAGGGCUUAUUCAGUUACUUUUCUGCAAAAUUCCCAUCAAAGCAACAGGUCCUAGGAGCACAUAAAGCGGCAGUCCUGAAGCCUCACCCAAAGGCUUUUCCCUGGAAAAGCUCUUCCCUAAAGAUAAAGCGAAUCGACACACUGAAGGUACCUUUUCAUUACUCCGUGGGGGACGAUGUACAGCGCUCUGUGUAGACAUGUUCACACCCACCAAAUUGUUACUGCAGUGGGCGGUGUUUUCAUACAAACGUAAAUUUUGAGAGAAAAGUCAAAGGUGCUUCAGCCUUGUACUGUGUAUAUAUAUUAAAAAACAAAGUUUUGUAUGUUUUUAUUACUUUAAUUAUUGUUAUAAAAAGCCUGCCAUUUUUAAUAUGUGGUUUGGGGGGAUUUUUGUUUGUUUGUUUUCCUGUUUGGGGGUUUUGUUUGUUUUUUUUGUUUUUGUUUUUCUGGGCAAAAAAAAAAAAACCCUUGCUUUUAGUGUUUGUACUGCUGCUGGUCAGGACAUUAAAAUAUUGAAGUGUUUUUAAAAAUUAAAGAAGAAGAAAAGUGAAAGAGCUUGCCACUGGCGCCUGUGCGAGCACUUCAUUUCUGAGCUGCACCAGACAGCGACAUAGACAGCCAUGCGUCCCUCCUGGACCCCGGCCCGGCCGCGAGUAGCAGACAGCAGCAGUGGCUGUGAAGUGAGGGGGGCUGGUCUAGGGGAAACCAGGCAGCUAUGAGUGCACACGGACGGGGGCCUUUGUGACGAGAACUUUUCAGGAAGUGAGCGCUCUCUGUGACAGCAUUCUAAGGUGUCCUACAGCAGUCUGAGAGCAGGUGCAAAGUAGAAACUUUAGAGGCUUCAUUUAGCUGGGCAGCUUUGUAAAAGCCUGACAGUAGGGUAAACAACGGCUGAGCUGAACUCCUUUGGAACUUACUGCAGGCUCAAACCUGGGCUAGCCAUCUCACUGCGAAGCAGCGGGCAGUUCUUUCUUGCCCCAGUUAUUGCUCGUUCGGGCAGUGUUUAAUCUAGAUAAGAUGGUAUCUUGCCUGAAUGGGCCCGAACCAGAGGCCAAAGCAGCCAGGGGUUGGUCUGCCAGGGGCAGGGGCAGGGGCAGCUCCCGCUUUGCCCUGGGCCAGGGGAAGGGCUGGCUGACCUUCAGAAGGCCGCUCACUGCGGUCAGUGGCCGCGCCCUCAGCCCCAGACCUUAGCUGUGCGGAACAGCUUGCUGGCAGAUGGCAUUGUGUCGCUUUAUCUGUUCCCACACAGUUUGCUUUGUAUGUCUGCCAAGAAUCUUCCAGUUAUUAGCAAACUCAGACAAAAAGUGCCGCCAGUAUUAUCAGCAGUCAACAAGCGCUUUCCUCUCCACAGAAGCGACUUGAGGAGAACUAAGGGCUGUUCUGUGGGCCGCCUCCCCUGCAAAGACACUGACGCAGCACGUUCCACAGGUGGGGACAGGUGGGGAGAGGCAGCUCUGCUGCCAGCAGUCAGGGCACAAUAGCACUGAUUUUUCUCUCUGGGAUCUGCUUGCUGCUUCUGGUCGGAAGGCUUGAGAGUUCCAUCUUAGCCCUCCCCUCACAGUCCUCCUCCAUCACAGAAAAUGUCUGGAUGCCUUUGCUAAUCGGCUUUGGUAAUGGCCUUGGCUAAAGCAAAAGGGAAAAGUAAAUCCAAUAACUCGGCAGGAAAGCACAGCCCCAUCCAUCUUCACUGUCCGAGGGGAGUGCCCUCGGUUGGGCUUUUUGUUAUGGGAGAGGCUCGUGGCACAUGGGACAAAGGCGCACACCGUCACAGGGGCGGUCUCCGCCUCGUGAGGGGCUGGGGGGCUGGGUGAAGCUGUGCACACCGAGCUAGAAUAACUGCUUGUUCCCCUUCCAGUUGAAAACCCCCCCUUGCCCCUGCCUCGGAGCUUCUCUGUCACUCUGCCUUGCCACACACCACCUCUGUGGAGAACUCAUAGUCUUGGGCUCAAGAAGUAAUAUGACAAUCAGAAUAUAAGGUAGCAUGAAUUAACUAAGAAAAAGGUAAGAAAGCAUCUUUCGAAAACAAAAGUGCACCAGUAAGACAUAGAACCCAGUAAUGGUUUUUUCCAUCCAAUAAUUAAGUUUUAUCUGAAAACUCCUGUUUUCAGAUGAUUCUGAAAGAAAACGGUAGCACCUAAGUCUUUUCAUUUUGAGUUCAACAAAAAUUGCCAUGCAAUCUCUGAAGCCUUUGGUCCAGCUAUUGCGUGUAGUGGAGAGGACAAAGUUCAGAAGCACCCCAGGCUGGCUCCAGAAUUGAUUGUGCAAGCUGUGUGUCAGGACUGUCGUGAAGACCUCAGUCCUUUGCGACCUCGUGUCUUCCUACAGCAUCUGGAAGAGACGGCUGCCAUCUGUCCUCUGAAACGGAUCUCAGUACACUUGUGAGGACACCUUCCAAAGUGGAAUCGCGUGGUUCCACGUUUAAUCAGAUCGUUAGAAACAAACCAGAGCUUUCCCAAACUUGAUACUACACAAUCUGAUCAUUUGAAAAGGAGUUAUUUUUGUUUCAUAUACUCAGAGCCAAACUGACAAAACAUCAUGAUCUUAGAACAUCAUCUCAGAUAAGUGACCAAGAUAGGAUUUCCAACAGUUUAUAUUCUAAAGCAAAUAAAACAUCUAAUUGGCAUUAAUAUUCUUUGAAUUUCCGUAAGGGUAUACUCCAUUAGAAUGUUAAAAGGAGCCCACAGCUCUAGCAGCAAAGAAUCGUAACCCAGGACAUCUUAAGUUUGUGCAUGGAAUGGUAUUUUCCUCAAGUAGCUGACAGUGCUGCCAAAUCUCAGAAAUUAAAUCAGAUACCCCCUUUCCCUCUGAGCCGUGUUUUAAAGUGCAGAAAAUUCCAAGGAUCCACCACAAGAUGGAGAUGAUCAGCACAGGCCGAUUCUGUUACUCUCCAAGUGUCUCUUAGCCACUUAGCAGCACCCCUCUGCUCUCUCAGUAACCAAGCUAUUGACUUUCCUACACUUGCAGUAGCCUGCCCCCACUCCUCCUCCAGCGCCUGACUUACACUCCUAACCCUGCCUUCACCUGAGGAAGACCAUGCUAAUUGGUUGUGUUACUUGGUAUGUACCCUGUGCUUAAUAGCUAGAACAGUCACCGGUCAUGGGAGGGAGGAGGGACGGUGCCUCGGUCACUCUGGGGGCAGUUUAGAUGCUGUGAAAUUAAACCUGUUCUAAGUGUACUUGUUUGAAUUAAUUGUAUUGUAAUAUUAUUUGUUGAAUGUAGUAAUUAGGUAUUUAUGAAUAUAUUGCUGUAAUUUCUGACAACAUCCAAAAAAAUAAAAUCUUCCUAAAUCAUA